CAGCUGGGCUGACAAGAAGAGUUUCUCAACUUCUACGUCUACUUUGUUCAAUUUCCAUAGUUGUAGCCUGGUGCUCUGCUAUAUGUAGACUUCCAAUCGUCACUCCUUCAACGUUAUUUUUCUGCAUUCAGAAUCACCACACUCCUUAUUUUCGUUUAUUUUUUUUUAGUUGAACUGGUUUCCUUAUCAAUUUGAUUCUGUCAUCAUGCGAUUUUCACUCCUUCUUUUGGCAUCAACGCUGACUGCCUCUGUUGUUUCAGCUCAGAAGUAUGUAUUUGCGCACGUUGUGAUGGGCAACACUGCACAUCAUACCACUGACGAUUGGGAAAACGAUAUAAAAACUGCUCAAGCUGCAGGCAUUGACGCUUUUGCACUCAAUGUUGCCACUGGCGAUUCCAACACUCCAACACAGGUCGAAAAUGCUUUUGAAGCUGCCACGACACUCGGUAGUAGCUUCAAAUUAUUCUUCUCUUUCGAUUAUCUUGGUGGAAGUGGUGCUUGGCCAGCUACUGGUGACUCCUCAGUCGCAUCAUAUCUCAAUCAAUAUGGAGUUAGCCCUGCGUACUUUAAGUACAAUGGACAAGUCUUUGCAUCCACUUUUGAAGGAGUAGACAAUGCUGGAGACUGGACUCCUGGGGGAGCUAUCCGGAGCGCUGUUCAAGGCACGGCUGGCUCCAUCUAUUUCGUUCCUGAUUAUACGAGCUUGGGUUCUUCUGGAUUCGCUGCCCAACUCAACAAUGUUCAAGGUGCUUUUAGCUGGGAUAUGUGGCCUUCCGGACCAGUAAAUAUGACGACUGAUAAUGACCUUGCUUGGCAAGAGACUUUGGGGAGUAAGGCUUAUAUGAUGGGUGUCUCACCUUGGUUCUUUCACAGCGACGCGAACCCAAUUGCAUGGACCUGGAGAGGUGACGAUCUUUGGGCUGAACGCUGGCAGCAAGUCCUUGAAGUUCAACCUCAAUUUGUCGAGUACGUAUCUUCAAUAACCUUAUUCCCUCCUACUUUUAACUGCUUAUCCAAACAUGAAAACUAACCUCAUCUCGCAGGAUUGUCACUUGGAACGACUGGGGCGAAUCAUCAUACAUUGGGCCUUUGGUUUCCACCGAUGAAGUCCCUGCCAACUCCCUCAAAUACGUUGAAAAUAUGCCUCACACGGAUUUCCUCACCCUUCUACCCUACUAUAUCAAUCAAUAUAAGGGAAUCAAGACGAACUCUACCACUGACUCCAUGCAAUAUUGGUACCGCACUUCUCCUGCUGCAAGCGGUCUUGUUGGCGGAGUCCUUGGCAAUAACCCCACUCAAGGUCAAAUAGAAUACAGCCCCAACACUAUCUGUGAAGACAAAGUAUUCUUCACAGCAUUAUUGCAAUCAGCUGCCGAUGUACACGUGCAGAUUGGUAGCUCCCCAGUGACGAGUUAUACUGGGUCGGCUGGUUUAAACCAUUGGCAUCAACCAUUUAAUGGACAAACUGGAAAUGUAACAUUUUCUAUCGUCCGAAACGGGCAGAUGGUGAAGAGUGAGGUUGGGACUGAGAUUACGGCAACAAGUUCUCUGGAGGGCGGGCUCUCGAACUAUAACACAUGGGUUGGAGGGUUUUAGGCGGAAUUUGAUUGAGAUGAGAUGGAACAAUGGGACAAAGGAGCAUGGUGUUGAUGAGUGAUGAUUAUUUUGACAUGGACUUCGAUUUCAAUUCUCUUUUUUUACGUAUCGGACAAUCUUGAUGUCGAGGGGUCUUAUCAUGCCAGGUGAAGGUUUAUUUUCACCUCACUUUAGAAUGGUCUUGCAAGAGAAGCGGAAAAUAUGAACCCUCACAGUCGCUUAGAACCCUUACCUGGCAGUCCCCUCGAUAUUAUGAUUGCGCAUUGGAUGGCUAUCUGUGUACCAUCCGAUCGAUACAUUACAAUGACAUUUACAGGAUCAGGAAAGAUGGGGCAAAACUGGACAGUUUGGUCUCAUGGCAGAGCCUGGUUUUUCUUCCUUCACUCCUUUUUACACUUCGACUCGAGUCGUUGUGUCUAUCUACGAUAGACACUGAGGUUGAGCCUCUUUUCUUCUUUUAUAUACCGUUGCUUAGAUACCAACAUCAUGUAUACAUACGCUUUCGGAGCAUGGAGUACGGGCUAUAGAUUAUGAGCUAUGUUGUAUUUAAAUAUAUUUCUACCACCUUGUUUAUUAGAUCAUUUGGAAAGAUACCCUUUAGGCAUGUACCCAUUGCUUGAUGAUGGAACCUAUGUUAGAAAAAAUAUUUACCUGG